AAUCACCCAAGCGGCAAUUGUCAAUCACUAAAAGUCUAUUGUCAAAUGCCUUGGGCCUUAGAUUGUUUGCAAUACAUAAAAGGUAAUAUCAAAACCGAAACAAUACAUAUUUGUACGAAAGAUUCUUCUAUUCAAAGCAACCAGCAUUCUUUUAAAAUUUGUCAAGGCUUUUUGCUAUAACUAAAUUCCACUUAAACUUAUACUAAAUUCGGAGUCAAAAAGUUCGGAGUUCUUCGAGUAAACAUGGACCACAAUAACGAGAGGGAGCAACUUCAGGCAGAGGAGUCCGGGCUGGAAGCUGACCUCGAGCAAGCCAUACCAGAAGGAAACCGUGAUCCUCUGCCAAUCGAAAAUGUCCAGCUCCUGGCGCCAUAUUUCUGCAGGCACUGCAAGGACUAUGUCCGCGGAGGUGUGAUCACUAUUUGCGGUCACAUAUUUUGUUGGACAUGCCUGUGGCCCCUUCUAGCCGAUAACCCAUCUCCGGAUUGUCCGCAGUGCCAGACACGACUGAUUCUGCACAUGGACAUCAUACCCUUCCAUGGCCAGGGACCUAAUGCCAGACCACAGGACACAAACGUCCUAGCAGAGCCGGGAGCGGUCCCUCGUCCGUCGGGCAUAUACUUUAGAGGGCCCGACGAAGACAAGGAUGAGAACCAUUUCGCGGGGAUUACCGAACAAAUGGAGGCUUUCAGAGAGCUGAUCCUGAAGAUGAAGGUCAAAUUGUCGUUUCCGCUGGUGGAAUUGUCAUACCUUAAGUUGCUCCAGCUGACCUGCGUCCUUCUCAUGUUCCUGUUGUGGAGCUUCGUCUUAGUGACCUAAUUAAUGUAUUUUCAAAUGUUUUAUGUUGUUUUUUUUUUUUACUUUUAAAUU